UCAAGACUCGGAGAGAGAGAGAAGGAGAAGGAGAAUAAAUCUGGUGACCUGUUUCUUAGCUGGAGUAUAAUGGCAGCGCCCUUUAAACUAAACAAUCCAUUUGAUCACCCUUUCUUUGAUUCAUCUUAUUUAUUUGCGGCUGUACGCGCUAGACGGAUUUCCGAGAAAUUGAACCCUGGUUUUAACUUUCUGAAAAACCCUAUUACUACUACCCCCAGUGAAAAAGCUAGUGGUGACCUCAUUCGUAAAAUGUUGUUAUUUCGAAAAGAAGAUCCAUAUGAGCACCCAUCGUUCACUGAUCCUGCUAUAACCCACAAAGAAUUACACUAUGAAGGGAACCAGAGCUUCAGCUUCCAAAGUGAUGCACCUGGUGGACCCGAAGGAAUCUGCCACACUUCUUCUAUGGCUAGGGGUGCUAGCACCUGUGAUGGAGUGGGUCUAUUAGAGACGAGAGAAGAAGGAGAUAAGACAAUGAGUCAACCACUGCAAAAUCUAUGUGACUUGUAUCCUAGCUUGCGUGAAGUAGCAGUGAUCCUUCAAGAAAAUUUAGAAAACAAUCCAUUUGAUGACCCAUUCUUCACUGUUCGUCCAUUUUUUUUAAAUCCUGCUUCACGUCUUUAUCACCAAUUUGAUGGAAAAUCUAGUUCUGAGCGGCAGUUGAAGGAAAUAGCUGUUGAAGAAUUGCACUCUGAUGAUAACUCUCAGAAGCUUUCAUUCUCAGUUGAUAAACCGAUUAUUACUUCCCCCAGUGAAAAUGAUUGUGGUAACCAGACCUUCAGCCUCCCAAGUGUCGCACCUGGUGGACCCGAAGGAAUGUAUCACACUUCUUCUACAGCUAGGGGUAGCACCGGCGGAGUGGUUCUAUUAGAGAUGAAAGAAGAACAUAAGACAAUGGGUGAAGCAUUGCAUACUACUGCUAAAGGGAUCAAAGGGAAGAGGGUAGCCGCAGAGGAUGGAGUGGCCACCAGAUUUGGGAUGAUUGGGUCUCUGCCAUCUGCCAAGCACGAAGGAAUGAAACCAGAUGCUGGAGCUAAGACUCUUUCUUCUGGGCCGAGAAUUAAAAAAACCAGAUAUUAACAGGACUUGUUGCUUAGUGGUUCAGCUUUGAUGAUACUUGUGGUUCUUCUCCUCCAAUCUGACUUACAAAUAUGGGUUUGUGAAAAGUAACUGUGUAACUUUCUUGUUGCCAUCUAACUUUUUUGUGUAAUGUCAAGUUGAACAACGGAAAUCUUAGGUAUCUUCGAUAGUGGAUUGUUGAUAUGUCUUAUGAGAGGAGAUUUAUGGUAUCAGUUUAUCUUGAUGAUUCAUUAUGCGUCUAGACGAACUCAUAGUUAAUUGUAACUGAA